AUGCUAUCACACCCGGAUUGUCUAGUGACAGGCCAUCGUGGCUUCAAGGGUAAGUACCCGGAGAACACCUUGUAUGGCUUUGAAAAGUGCUUUAAGGCUGGUGCUACUUUGUUUGAAACCGACGUAUGGACCACUAAAGAUGAGGUCUUGGUGAUCUCGCAUGACGUGAAUACUAAAAGAGUAUUUGUUGAUGAAAACGGUAACGAAACAAACUAUAACAUCUUGGAGUCGAACUAUGACGAUAUCAAAGAUUUGCGUACUAUCGGCAGCAACGAGAAGUUGUUAACGUUUAAGGACUUACUACAGUGGUUCAAGGAUGCCGGUGAACGGUACGACAGCCAGGAUGAGACCGUUCCAAAACAUCGUAUCAUGCUUGAUAUCAAGAAACUCAAUCCUCCAAAGCUUCUUAAGUUGCUUGUUAAAGAUUUGAUAGACGUUCAUGAAGACUUGAGUUGGUGGUUCCCUAGAAUCCAGCUAGGUUUGUGGGACUUGCGUUUCUUGAAGUACUUGAACCAGGACGAUUGGUUUGAUAGUGUUUUCUCUAAGACCAGUCCUCGUAAUGGCUUCAAGCACUUUGAUAUUAUCCACAUUUCUGUUGCUUGGCAAGCUUCGUUGCCUUUUAUUGGAUACAAUCAUUAUGUGGAAGAAUUGGGUAACGACCGGUUCUACUUCAAGACGACUGCCGUUUCGCUAAUCUACAUCAGUACGUGGUCUUCAGACUUCCUAACGAAGUUCUUGCCCACUUUGAAAGCAGAAGAUUUCAAGUUCUUUUCAUGGACAAUCAACAACCGGGUGCAGCUAGAAUACUUCGCAACCAUUGGUCUGAAAGCUCGUCUCAGGGAGUACGGUGUAAUCACUGACUACCCAGAUAAGAUGGUUGGCUUGGUAGAGGAUGUGGAGAGAGCCUCAUUGUCUUCAAGAGACUCUGAAGCGUCCCCAUUCCUCACUGAGAAGGACGAGGAAAUCUACAUUCCAUGGAAGCUCAGGGUAUCUAACUGGUUUUUUAUGCUCAUUGUGAGAUUCUUCGCUAUGAAGGGUGGCUCAUCUCAUGCCGAAACCUCUUACACGUCUCUCGUUGACGCCAAUGAGAUCACCAAGGUACCUGUGAGCAAGGUGUGGAUGACUGUCUUCUCCACCUGCCAGAAGUAUGGUAUUUUCUAG